CAGGUGUUGAAUUACUUGAGGGACUACGAUUCAAGCUCAGAAUGAUGGGCGUCCCAAUCCAAGGUUAUUGUCAUACUUGUGUUGACAAUAUGUCCGUUGUCAAGAACUCAAGUGUUCCUGAAUCCCAAUUGAAAAAGAAGUUGAAUGCUGUCGCAUAUCACUAUGUUCACUCCAGAUGCGCAAUUGAUAUCCUACAAAUUGAAUGGAUAAUUUCCGCUGAGAACUUGGCCAACGUUUUAACCAAGAUUCAAGCUGGAACUGUUCGUGACCGUCUUAUGGAAAACAUCAUGUGGAAAGCAAAGCGAAAUGGAAAACUUGCUCUUCUGAUUUAA